AUGGAGGAGGAACCUCUGGGGAAGGCUCUGAAGUUAGGAGCUACUUUUUACCGUGGUGAGAAUUAUAGGAGGGCUCUAGAAUUAUUUCGUAGAUGCUUACAAUUGGCUAAAUCGUAUCCAGAACAAGAAUUGAUUAAGUUGAGAACUCGUUUGGGAUUGCCCAAGUACAAUUGUCCCAGGAGUGAUAAAAUCUACCACCCACACUAUGUCCAGCUGUUAGAUAAUGUAGCGGCAUGCUAUGAGAAGUUGGCAGAGUUUGGUAUGGCAUCGGAAUACACCAAGAGAUUGAUUAAAGUGGAACCCUUCAAUGCCAAGGCUUAUGUUCGUCUGCAGAGGCUGUUACAACGUAGAGGUAAAUUGGAUGAGGCCUACGGCAUUUGUAAACGAGGUAUAAGCAAUUGCAAGAAAUUCCAGGAGAAAUAUGGUAUAGUAAUUCCUUCUAAACCGUUUGAAGUAUUGCAAAGAUGUGAAAAGUCCCUUCAAGAGAGGAUAGGUCCUUCUGAGCCCGUUAAUAAGAGACAUAUCAUCGAACCUGAUAUCCCUGUUGUGGAAGCGAAGAAGCAAAAGCCUGAAAGAAUUGUUUUAGAUUUCAUCUCAGGUCUGCCACCGGAACUAUUACCCCUGAUCCUCGGUGGACUCACCUCCAAAGAGCUCAUAGAAGUAGCACUGGUUUGCAAAUGUUGGUGGAAUUGCGUGUUUGCACAGCCUCGGUUAUUCCAAAGGGUCGUGAUUAACAAUGGUACUUAUAGACAGUUGAACAAAUUCUGUGAAUUUGCCAAGAGGAUACGAGACCGUCACGGAUCAUUGGAUUUAUUCAAAUACUCUUCUCGUACACCUUCGGAUGAAGCCAAGUCCAUGGAAAUAUUUUGGACCAAAUUGCAAGGUUACAAAUGUCGUAGGUUGCUUCUAUCGGUACCGCGAUGCACUACAGAGCAACUGGCUCAAUGUAUGUCUCGAAAUACGCAGUUAUGUCAGAGUUUGCAAGAACUAUCCAUGGUGGUCUCUUUAAGCUCUUCAAAACCUGAUUUUGAUGCAGAUAUGUUGAAUCAUUGUGAACAUCUGAAGCGACUAGAAAUAGUCGUUAGUAGUUGCACGUCGCCGAACCGAAUUCCAGAACUUUCACGCAGUUCAAGCUUUAUUGAAACAAAACUCAUACCGACAUGGGCGACUAACCUGGUAUCUUUGAGUAUAUGUUGCGAUGGUGCCCGUGUGGAUCGAUUUCCUUUCCUCACAAUGAUAUCAUAUUUCCCUGCCAACAAACUAGAAAGACUUUGCAUCACGGGCGUUACUUUCAAUCAAUUACCAAAUCAAUUCGACUGGUUGGCAAACUUUCGUUAUCUAAAGGAAAUAUGGUUUGAAGAUAAUAAAGGUGCCUCCCUGGCGGUGUUCUUACAGUUACUAAGAGAUUAUCCGUUGGGUGACAGGUUAGAGAAAUUGACCUUCAGAGAAUAUUCUACUUUAAGUAACAUUCAUUUGGAACCAACAUCAGAAAGUUACUUCUACACUUACAAUUUACAAAAUGUGAAAUCUCUCGAUCUUAUGGGGUCGUCCAUUAGCGGUAAGGGAUUGCAGAGGCUGGUUUCUUAUUUGCAACCUUUGAACUUCCGCAGACUCAAUAUAGGAUAUUGCCCCCACAUUCGAUUAGAGAGAUAUCAACAUGAGAACGAUCCAAGUUAUCUAUCUGCGACUAAUUUUUUCAUGAAAUUUCCUUACCUACAAGAACUAAUCAUACCUCAAUUCGGCGCACUGGACGAUGGUAAGAUGAAGUUGCUUUUCGAGCAAACUGCCAAUUGGUAUCAUUUGCGGAAAAUUGAUCUUUCCUUAAACCUGAGUAUCACUGGUGUAUCCGUUUACGAACUGCUAAAGGCCUUGUUAGACACAAGAGGUUACCCAUUAGAGCAUCUUAUUAUCGAUGGAUGCUCGUCUAUCUCUCAUGUUACAGUAAACAUGAUUAGAGCUAAAGGACUUGCCAGCCAGGUAGAUUGCAUUUACGAAAGGGACACAUGGAGGAGAUUCGGCGUAAAUUCUUUGAAAUAUCAUGCUAAUAAAUAA